AUGUAUUUCUCCAACGCAAAAUUCCUUUCCCUCCUCGCUGCCGCUGCAGCAGUCAAGGGUGCUCCCAUUGAGGAGAACACCAUCCAAGCUCGUGCCGUCGUUCCUCAUGACUCCAUCAACCCAUGGGGAGAAAACGUACCUGGUAACGCCUUGGGUAACACUUUGAAGAAAUUCGAGCCAUUCCUUCACAUUGCUCAUGGUUGUCAACCAUACAGUGCAGUUGAUGGUAAUGGUAACACCAGUGGUGGACUCCAAGAUACUGGAAAUGUCUCAGCCGGCUGCCGUGAUCAGAGCAAGGGUCAAACCUAUGUCCGAGGUGGCUGGUCUGGAGGUCGCUAUGGUAUCAUGUACGCGUGGUAUUUUCCCAAGGAUCAACCAGCAGCUGGAAACGUCGUUGGAGGCCAUCGUCACGACUGGGAGUACGUCGUCGCCUGGGUCAACAACCCUUCCGUCGCCAACCCCUCCUUGAUCGGUGCCGCCGCAUCUGGUCACGGAAGUGUGAAGAAGACGACCAAUCCCCAACGCCAGGGUGAUAGAUUGAAGGUCGAAUACUAUGUCUCUUUCCCAACCAACCACGAGUUGCAGUUCACCAACACAUUGGGCAGAGAUUUGCCAAUGAUGUGGUACGACUUCUUGCCAGCUGUUAGCAAGACAGCUUUACAGAACACCAACUUCGGAAAGGCCAACUGUCCUUUCAAUGACCACAACUUCGCCAACAACCUCGUCAAGGCUGCAAUCUAG